UUAUUUCAAGAUAGUCAAAACUAAAGGCUUAUCUAUGUCUCAUGUAGUGAUCAUUCUGACACAGUUAUUUGAACAUAAAAAUUGUCAGUCAUUGUCGUUAUUCAAAAAUGUAUUAGAUAAAUAUUUAUGUUUAACUAUAAAUUAUGGUACCUGCGGUAGUUUUGUAAGCAGUUUUGGGAAGAAAGCAAAAUUAUUACAAAAAAUAAUUCGUAGUUAUUCGUACUGCUUAUUAGGGCAUCAAAAGAAGCAGAAUGAAACUGAAACCAUUAAAAUUCGAAAAUUAUGAAAGACGUGCCAAAUAUUAUAUCUCCAAAACCGAUGAUGGAGGAUUACAUGUUAAAUUUAAACUCAGAAAUCUUAUGGAUACCAGAGGUCCCAAAGUGUCAGGAGGUGUUUUAAGAGAGCAAUAUGUUUUAGAUAAUCUUCAUUUUCACUUACCUUCGGAACAAAUGAUAUACGGAAAAAGUUAUCCAGUUGAAGCCCAUUUUGUACAUUAUAGAAGAUCCUUGGGAAGCAUGGAAAGGGCUAAAAGCUCAAGAAUAGCAGAAGCAGUAGCUAUAAUAUCCAUAAUGUACGAAGUAUACGUCACUGAAUGUCCGAAGACAAUACUUUUUGAAGCUUUAAAUCGCUUAAGUUUAAGUUGUUGCAAUAAUAUUGAAACUCAAUUUAGACUUAGAGAUAUUCUUCCAUCUUACCUAAGAAGUUACUAUACAUACAAAACUAGUCAAGAUUCAGGUAUUUUCAGAGGUGGUCCAAGCACAAUCUGGAUAACCAUGGCUGUUCCCGGAAUAUUGUCGUAUUGGCAAUACUCACAACUCACGAACGUGAUGAAAUCAAAAAUGUGCUCUACACAAGAAGUGGCUACCAAAUGUCCUAGAUUUGUUAUCAACGGCUGUUUUAUUACUCCAGAAAAGCCCCGAUCAAGCCCAACUCCUGGAAAAAAUGCUGCUACGUCGUACUCAGAUUCUACCCAACCAAAUUCAUAUGGCUGGAUGUAUGGAAUGCCUGCCUCAUCUAUGACAUAUCCAAAUGUAUAUAGCAAUUGGGGUGUAAACGAAAAUACUGCGAAAGAAUGAAAGGAAAAAAAUGUGUUGAAAACAAAAAAUGUAUUUCGUUUUCGUGUGGUUUUCUUACAAAAAUAUAAAAAUAAUUAAGAAUUA